AUGGGGCAAUUAGCAGCAAAUCAAAAUACUAGACUUGCAGGAGCUCUUCCUAGUGAUAUAGAGAAGAACCCUCAAGUUAAUGUAGUUACACUCAGAAAUGGGAGGGAACUAGAGGAAGUGCCAAAGAAGAGAAAGGACAAGCCUAUACCUGAGGAGGAGUUGAUUCCUAAAGCAACACACGAGUCAAAGAAAGAUGAAGCAAGUUCAGAACCAGUGGAGGCUGUUCAACUGAAUAUUCCAUUAGUGGAUGUACUUCGUGAAAUUCCAAAGUAUGCUAAGUACAUAAAAGAUAUAGUGGAUCACAAGAGGAGAUUGACUGAAUUCAAGACAGUUGCACUUACUGAGGAGUGCACUUCAAGGGUCCAAAACAAGCUUCAUCAAAAGCUUAAGGAUCUUGGCAGAUUCACCAUCCCUGUGCGAAUGGGUAAUAUUAAUGUGGGUCGAUCUCUUUGUGAUUUGGGGGCGAGCAUAAAUCUGAUGCCCUUGUCCUUGUUCAAGCAAUUGGGUCUGGGAGCUCCAAGACCAACCACUGUGAUGUUGUAG